GGAGCCCGGGCGCUGAGUGCGGCGUCUUCUCCCGCCCGGCUCCCUGGUGGCGGUGGCCGACGGGAAGCCCGAGUGGGAUGCGGCUGACGCGGAAGCGGCUCUGCUCUUUUCUCAUCGCCCUGUACUGCCUCUUCUCCCUCUACGCCGCCUACCACGUCUUCUUCGGGCGCCGCCGCCGGGCGCCGGCCGCCUCUUCUCGGGGCCUAAGGAAGGGGGUGGCCCCGGCGCGGGAGAGGCGCGGCCGAGAACAAUCUACUUUGGGAAGUGAAGAAUGGAAUCCUUGGGAAGGAGAUGAAAAAAAUGAGCAACAACACAGAUUUAAAACUAGUCUUCAAAUAUUAAAUAAAUCCACAAAAGGGAAAACAGACUUCCAUGUACAAAUCUGGGGCAAAGCUGCCAUUGGUUUGUAUCUCUGGGAGCAUAUUUUUGAAGGCUUACUUGAUCCCACUGAUGUGACUGCUCAGUGGAGAGAAGGAAAUUCAGUUGUAGGAAGAACACAUUACAGCUUCAUCACUGGCCCAGCUGUAGUCCCAGGGUAUUUUCCUGUUGAUGUGAAUAAUGUGGUACUCAUCCUAAAUGGAAGAGAAAAAGCGAAGGUCUUUUAUGCCACCCAGUGGUUACUUUAUGCACAAAAUUUAGUGCAAACUCAGAAACUCCAGCAUCUUGCUGUUGUGUUGCUUGGAAACGAACAUUGUCUUAAUGAAUGGAUAAGCCCGUUCCUCAAAAGAAAUGGAGGCUUUGUGGAGCUGCUUUUCAUAAUAUAUGACAGCCCCUGGAUUAACGACAUGGAUAUCUUUCAGUGGCCUUUAGGAGUGGCAACAUAUAGGAAUUUUCCUGUGGUGGAGGCAAGCUGGUCAAUGCUGCAUAAUGAAAGGCCCUACUUAUGUAAUUUCUUAGGAACCAUUUAUGAAAAUUCAUCCAGACAAGCACUAAUAAACAUUUUGAAACAAGAUGGGAAUGCUAAGCUUUGUUGGGUUUCAGCAAGAGAACAGUGGCAGCCUCAGGAAACAAAUGAAAGCCUUAAGAAUUAUCAAGAUGCUUUGCUUCAGAGUGACCUCACAUUGUGCCCAGUAGGAGUAAACACAGAAUGUUACAGAAUAUACGAGGCUUGCUCCUAUGGCUCUGUUCCUGUGGUAGAAGACAUAAUGACAGCUGGCAGCUGUGGAAAUACAUCUGUUAACCAUAACGCUCCUCUGCAGCUACUCAAGUCCAUGGACGCUCCCUUUAUCUUUAUUAAGAACUGGAACGAACUUCCUGCUAUUUUAGAGAAAGAGAAAACUCUAAUUUUACAAGAAAAGAUUCAGAGAAGAAAAAUGUUACUUCACUGGUAUCAGCACUUCAAAACAGAGCUAAAAAUGAGAUUUACUAAUAUUUUAGAAAGUUCAUUUUUAAUGAAUAAUAAAGGGUAACUCUGAAUUAUCUUUUUGACCAAAGAUCCGAUUUUUUUAAAUCAUGUCUAGCCGGGGGCGGGGGGGGGUGGUAUUUGUGUGUGUGUGUGCAUAUAAAUGUCCUUUGAGAUACACUUGUAGACCACAGAUUAUGUCUGUAAUGUUGACCAAGCGCUUCCAUAGUAGGCCACUCCCGAAAAUGAAAUUAAAUGUUACUCAAACUUGCUUUUACAAAGUCAGUGAUUUAACAUUUAUCAGCUCUUCUCGCCCAUUUAAACCCAUCCUAGGGACACAGCAUUGUGUGGUAGAAAGACGGCUUUGGAGUCAGACAAAAUCUAGGUUAAAACCUUGACUUUGCACCUACUACCUGGGGACCUUGAGCAAGCCAUCUGAGUGUUGUCAGUGUCAGUUCCUUU